AUGGCUUCGAUUGUUAUACUUACUCAAAAUGCCAAAGGCCUCAAUACUCCAGAAAAAAGAACAAUAGCACUAUCUGACUUUCACAGACAGAAAGCAGAUAUAGUUUUCAUUCAGGAAACACACCUACGUAAGGGAACAACCACAAAUAUACGAAAUAAAGAUUACCCACAGGGAUACUAUGGCCACUACUCAGAAUCUAAAUCAAGAGGAGUAGCGAUACUUAUAGGUAAACACACCCCUUUCACCUUUCAGGAACAACUAACAGAUGAUUCGGGCAGAUUCCUGUUUCUUAAGGGAGUCCUGGGCACAGUCACAGUAACUUUAGCCAAUCUCUACGCACCCAACAGGAAACAAAACCAAUUCUUGAAAAAAAUACUAAGUAAGCUAUCUGAUUUUCAAGAGGGUAUCCUAAUAGUUGGAGGGGACAUAAAUGUCUCUCUGGACGGGGAGCUGGACUCCACGGCCAAACUGCAACCUCACACAACUCAAAUUAGGAAACAAAUAAACUCUACACUACACGAAGCACAACUGUUUGACUGUUGGAGGUUGCUACACCCCACACGGAAAGAUUAUUCCUUUUACUCCCCUCCUGCGCACACCUACUCUAGGAUUGACUCGAUAUUUUUACAACACAGAUACUUAACACUAGUUUCAGCAGCUGCAUAUGGCCCAAUCACUUGGUCGGACCAUGCACCGUUGACCCUCUCGCUAAAGCUCCCACAUCUACAAAACCCAUCAGCCCAAUGGAAACUAAACGACCUAUUACUAAACGACACAGACAAUAUUACUCGUAUAAAAAAGGCUGCAAGUGUUUACUUCAAUGAGAACACCAGACCUGACAUAGCUCCUCCUCUCACCUGGGAAGCCCAUAAAGCCGUAAUGAGAGGUGAACUUAUCAGAAUUGCUUCCGCAGCCAAACGCAAUAGAGAAAAAAAAAUAGCACAAUUGACAAAAGAACUUAAAUCUCUAGAAUCUUUACAUCAAGACAACAAUUUAUCCCUCGACACAUAUAAAUCAAUCAUUCAUAAAAGAUCAGAACUCACGACUACACUACAACUCCACGCCAAACGCAAAAUCUCUUUAACAAAACAUCUCUUUUACGAAAAAGGAGGGAAAGCGGGUAAAUUACUUGCACAAUCAUUGAAACCUAUCAAACAAUCCACUUUUAUCCCCGAAAUUAAAAUGGAAUCAGGGAUUCUGACCAAAAAAAUGCCUGACAUAAUGGGGGAAUUUCAGAAAUUUUACACCAUCCUAUAUAACAUAUCCAAGGUCCAACCAUCCAAAGAGGAAAUCCUCACAUAUUUACAUACUAGAAUCAAGAAAACAAUCCCACCUAACGAAGUUGCUUUUCUAGACGAACCUAUUACACCCGAGGAAUUCCACAGGAUAGUCAAAUCAUUACCACUAGAUGAUCCAGAAAGAGUAGAGAAGAAGAAGAAUGAAAGUCCUUUUUCAGAAGAACUGAAGAAUGCAAUCAUUCAGCAACUCCGCUGUCCUUCGUGCAAAUCCAUGUACUACAAUCCAUUCAUCCUACCUUGCGGUCACUGCCUCUGCCAACGUUGCGUGCACAAGAUCAAAAUCAAAGAUCAAAAAAGUAGAGGGUACUAUUUUGUGGUGUCAUGCCCUGUGUGUGAAAUUGCACACUAUUUCUCUGAUAAAGAACAUCUCCGACUGCCUGAGAAUUACCUCCGAGCUAAGGUAGCUUUAAAAUACAAGCAUUUAUUUAAAGGCCCGGCAGGCAUAGUGUUGUGUGAACGUUGUCCAUCUGAUCAUCAGGCAGAAGCGGUUAUGAGAUGCACCGUCUGCAAAAUGAAUUACUGCCGCAAGUGUCUAAGUUUCUUCCACAACAAAAAAGAAUUUGAAGAACAUAUAUUGACUGAACAGUUUUGGGAGGAAGAGAAAAUACAGACUUGUUUCUAUCACCCUUUAAUGCCCAUUGUGGAGUACUGCAUGACGGACAGAACCUUGCUGUGCAGGCUUUGUAAAUUUAACUACCAUGAGAAACACACAUGUCUGCCUUUGACAGAAGCCUCUAUUAAAGAAGCACACGCACUAUUUACAUCUCUCACCAAGUUUAAAACAGCUAAAUGCAAAUUUGAAAAUGACCUUAUAGAAAUUAAUUUGGUGAAUGACAACUUCCGGGGCUUCAAGGGAGACAAGAUACAUGAAAUCAGAGAUGGAUUCCUAAAACUGCAUGAAAUUCUUACUUUACAAGAGAAAGAUAUUUUAAAUUCCAUUCAAAUCAUUGAAUCUAAGAAGGAUUUUCAACUGACACAGUUCUUGAGCUCCUCUAACCAAAUGCUCCUGACCCUUGAAGGUAUAGUACAGUACUCCAAGGAGGCUCUGCAAGAGGAAAAUCCAAUAACAUUCCUGCAAUCGGUCAAUGAUUUAGUCAAGGAAAUAGACAAUGAGGUGGCCAAACUCUACCAACCUGUCAGCAGUUUAAAGUAUGACCCAAUUAAAAACCUUCAAAUCAACUUUGAUCAAAUUGCCUCAGGUCUCCGUGCUCUUUUCCCACAGCCAAAUGUUCUCAUGAACCUGAAGGAUGAUCUGAAAAGGCAACCAUAUAUUGCUGAGGACGAGGAGAAAGUGGAGGGGACAUCUUUCAUUCCUUCAGGGGCCUCUAAAUCCUCCAUCAAUCUGACUUCAAAUGACAAUAAUAUCAAUAAAAAAAAUGAGUUUGUGAAAACAGCAGAUGAAAUUGAUCAAAUGAGACCAAAAAGCACACCUCCAAUGUUGAGACGCCCCACGAACAAAGAGGAUAAGAUCACAUGUACAGAAAAUGAUAUGAUGGAUUCACCAUCCUUUAAGGACAUAUUGCCACGGUCCCCUCCCAGUCCUGUUUCUAUCUACCAGAGUUUAGCUUAUCCAAAUGUAGUUAAGCUAUUCUGGACAGCACCUCCAGAGAUUGUCGACUGUUACGAUGUUGAGUUUCAAGAGAUCACUAACUCUGACUGGUCAGGAAGCCAACACUUUGGAGAUCUUACUGGGAAGAUAAAUGGAAUUAAGCGGCAGAGCAUUGAACUACACAAUUUGGCUCCCAACACUGAGCUCCUGUUCAGAGUACGUGGAGUCAACUUAGCUGGCGAAGGUGAAUGGUGCGAAAUUGUGAAGAUCUUAACACCAGUCUCAGAAUACUCCAAGACUGUAAAGCAAAAAGUCAGAAGUGCAUUCGGGAAAUCGUAAACUUUCAUGCUGUUCUUACAAUAAUAACUGU